AUGCUCAGCGCCGUGAAAUUCGUUAGGGUUGACAGCGCUGGCGAGAGAAAGAAGGAUAGCAGCGGGCAUAAGGUGAAGCCCAGGAAGGGAUCGGACGACUCGAGCGACAGCGAGCGGGAGAGACGACGAAAGAAGCGGAAGAAGGAAAGAGGCGGGAAGAAAGGAAAGAGGAGAGGGCGGCGCGGGGGUGAGAGCGAGGCGGGGGAGAGCGAAUCGGACAGCGAGGAUGGGCGGGCGACGAGGAGAGCGAGGAAGCGGGAGGAGCGAAGGAAGAGGCGGGGCAAAUGGAUCGAGGACGUAUCGGACGGCUCAGAUGACUCGGAGGGGUCGGAUGAGGAGGGCGACGAGAUACGAGCUGGUGUGACCGCAGGCUUGGGUGCGCGGUCAGAGGGAGCAGGGCAGGGCGGGCAGCAGUCGCGUGAGGCAGCAGGGAUGGAGUGGAUGAUGCGCGCCCCGGAGCGGCCGCUGGGGGAAGCGAGGGCGGUGGAGGAGGAGGAGGAGGAGAAGGGCAGGAAAGAGAUAGUGCUGGGAAGCAGUGCACGCGAGCUCAACCCGUACUUCAAGACCGGGGACGGCUUCCCUGACUCCGCUGCCGCCCACCCUGCUGCUGACCCUGCCGCCCAUUCUGCCGCCCAACGGCUGGGCUCUGCCCGCCCAGCACCGCCGCCCGGUGUGGGUGAUGGCGGUGCCAGCUGGCGGCUGAAGGCUCUGCGGCGCGCCAAGGAGCAGGCGGAGCGCGAGGGGAAGCGACUGAGCGAGGUGGUGUCGGACCGGUGGGGCUCGCUCUCCUCCCUCACCGCCCGCCUCUCCUCCGCCCGCGCUGCCCCCGCCUUCGCCCACAAGCAUGCUGCCCGCGAGCGCGAGAGGGGGGUGGGGGAGGACAGAGGGGACGAGGGGGAGGGGGCGAAGGAUGGGAGGGGAGAAGGAGAGAGAGAGGGGAAAAGGAGCAGGGAUGGUGAGGGGCUGAGGAUUGAAGACGUCAAGGGGGAUGGAGGGAGAGGUGGAGAGGGAAAGGGUUGGAGAGGCAAGGAGGGAGGCACAAGGGACAAGGGGAGCGGAGGCAGGGGAGGGUGGAGGCAGGAGGGAGAGAGAGAGAGGGAGGGAGAGGGGCGUGGCAGGAGGGGUGGGCGAGAUGAUGGCGGUGAGGAGGAGGAGGACGAAGAGGAGGAGAGGCGGAUGAGGGGCGGCAGGAGGGGGUACCUAGAGGGCGUGUCAGUGGGGGCGAGGGCGGGCAUGAGAGUGCCGCAGCAGGAGUCAGUGUCGUGGCGCCGGCGAGGAGAGGGCGGGGCACGGGGUGAGAGGGGGGUAACGGGUGACAAGACGAGGGCAGGGGAAGGAGGGGGGGGCGAGGGGGGUGAGGAGAGGAAGCAGGCGUGGAAGGGGGUGGGGGCGUGGAGGCCUGGCAUGGGCGUGGGCAGGCGGGGCGGGUGGGCCGAUGGCGUGCUGGAGGAGGCGGCUCGCAGCGUCAAUGCCUUCGCUGACGACGGCGGCUUCCUUGCGCAGCAGCUGGCCCGUGGUGACGUGGUGGCAGGGCCAGAUGCGGGCGGGGGGAAGCCGCUAAGGGGAGUUGGGACCAGGGAGGAGGCGAGGGGUGCAGACGGUAGGAGAGGAGCAGCAGGGGAGAGAGGCCGGGAUGCAGCAGGCAGUGGUGGGGCUGGUGAGAAGGCAGAGGGAAAAACCGCAGGUGAUGGGGACAAGAGUGACUGGAGGGAGGGCGGUGAGGGAAGGGCGAGUGAGGACGGUGGAGAGAGGGGUGCAGGAGAGGAGGUGGGGAGUUUUGCGAGAGGGGGAGGGGAGGGCAUGGAGGGUGGUGGUGGGGCUGCUGUGGAUGCGGGCGAUGCACGCGUGCAGGAGAUACUGGCAGGCGGACUGACAGCCAAUCAGAUGGCGGCAAAGGCCAUGCGGCUCAAGCUGAUGGGCAAGGCGGAUGAAGCCGACUGUUGGCAGGUGGGCUGGGCGCAGAGGGGAUGGGCGCAGGUGGGAUGGGCGCAGGUGGGAUGGGCGCAGGGGGGAUGGGCGCAGGGGGGAUGGGCGCAGGGGGGAAUGGGCGCAGAGGGGAUGGGCGCAGAGGGGAUGGGCGCAGAGGGGAUGGGCGCAGGUGGGAUGGGCGCAGGGGGGAUGGGCGCAGGUGGGAUGGGGCGAGUGGAGGAUGGUAAGGGAGUGUGGCAGUGGAGUGUGGCUGAGGGACGUGCAGCAGCGGCCAAGUCCCAGCCCCCUCCACCAGCACCACCGCCCGCGCUGCUGGCUGCACCUGCCACAUCCACACUGGAGCCCCGGGCUCUGGGGGAGGGCAGGGGGGACGGAGAAGGGGAGAGGGGGGAGGGGGAGGGGCGGAGGGAGGUGGUGCAGCUGCCGCUGGUGGAUGGCAGCGGGCGGUACCUGCCAGCUGUCAUGGCGGCACGGGAGGGGCGGGACGAGGUGCAGGCGGGGCGGCGGGAGAAGCGUGUGGAGCGAUACGAUGUGGAGGGGGGCACGGGGCAGCGGGCAAGGUACUUUGCGGACGACGACGGCGCGUCGCUGCAGCAGCUGGUGGCGGCGGAGCGGGCGGGCGCGGACGACCUGGGCGGCUGGGACCGGCGUGUUGCGGCGGGCAUCGGGCGGACGGGCGGGCGGUACAAGGGGCCGGUGGAGGUGGAUGAUGAAUACGACUGGGAUGAGGGGCUGCACGCAGGGGGGGGAGGAGGGGGGCGGAAGAAGGGCAGGUGA